AUGGUAGUGACUGAGCCACCGCUUCUCGCGGAGGGUAUGUCAUCCUCCAGCGUCAGCGACGUACCAGUCUCGAGAAUUGGAUCGCGACGUUCUCCACAUCGCGACAUUGAUGUAGCGAGCCCUCCGUGCACUGUUGCUGAAAUCACAUCCCUAUCAGCCCUACCAUGGAAAGAUUUUAUCCGUGCCCUCAAUGCCGGCGACAUCAAGCAAAUUUGUAUCGUACCUAUUGCCGUCUCAAUUACAGAAGAAAUUUUGUAG